GUUCAGUUCCAACUUCCAUUCCAAGUCACGGUGCUGGUGGUGAUAGAUAAUGGAGGAGGACAUGGGUGGCAUGCGUCACCACUUGAUGUGCCCCAUCUCGCUGCAGCCCAUGCAGGACCCCGUCACGGCGCCCACCGGCAUCACCUACGACCGCCGCGCCAUCGAGCGCUGGCUCGCCGCCGGCCACGCCACCUGCCCGGUCACCGGCCAGCCUCUCGCCCUCGCCGACCUCACCCCCAACCACACGCUCCGGAGGCUCAUCCAGUCCUGGCGCCCGAGUUCCAUGCCGGCGGCCGGGGCUAGUAGUAAGCCUGAGGGUGCAGGGCUCCGGCAGGACGACGUCGCCAGGAAGCUGCUGUCCACGGCGUCUUGCCCGCCGGUUGACGUGCUCCGCGAGGCCGCGGAGGUCGCGGCACAGAACGACGUGGCGCGCCGGAACAUGGUGGACGCCGGUGUGCUCCAGCGCGUGCUCCGCCUGGCCGUGUCGCGCGCCAAGAUCAAGAGCUGUCACGACGACAUGGCCACCAUUACGGCGUGCCUGUCUCUCGUCCGUGCCCUUGCCAUCUCCGGGGACGAGCUCCGCCCCCUCGUCGCCGACAACCACGUUCAAGAGCUCGUCGACGCGGUGACGGACGUACUGGUAGCACUCGUGCCCGGCCCCGGCGACUCGGCGAGAGCGAGCGCGGUGCAGCUGCUGGACGCCGUUACGGAGGCGUGCAGCGCGCAGGUCCUGGAGCGCCUGCGGCCGGAGCUCUUCCGCGCCGUCGCGGUGGUGGUGCGCGACCGUCUGUCCCCAAGCGCGACGCGGUCCGCGCUGCGCGCGCUCCUGCACGCGUGCCCCGUGGGCCGGAACCGCGCGCUGAUCGUGGAGGCCGGCGCCGCGCACGAGGCCAUCGAGCUAGAGCUCGACGCGCCGCCGCCGCCGUCCGCGGCGUCCGCGGCGGCUGGCAGGAGGGCGGCGGAGCUGGCCAUGGCGCUGCUGGCGGAGCUGUGCGCGUGCGCGGACGGGCGCGCGGCGGUGGCGGCGCACCCGGCGGGCGUCGCCGUGGUGGCGCGGCGGCUGCUGCGCGUGUCCGCGGCCGCCGACGCCUGCGCGGUGCGCGUGCUGGCGGCCGUGGGCGGCCGGGCGGCGUCCCCGGAGGUCCUGCGUGAGAUGGCGCGCGUCGGCGCCGUGGGGAAGCUCUGCUGCGUGCUGCAGGCGGACUGCGACGCGGGCGUCAAGGAGACGGCCAGGGCCGUGCUGAGGCUGCACUCCGGCGUCUGGAGCGGGUCGCCCUGCGUCAGCGCCUACCUGCUCUCUAGAUACCUCUAGUCGUCGCCAUUAAUGGCUGCGACCGUGGUGCGAGUAUACAGGACAAGUAUCUGCAGCCAAGCACUGCAAUUCUUGCAGUUGCAGAGCAACAAACAUGUUGAUUACUGGUAGUUGCAACUAGCUUGUAGUAGUGAUAUUCAUUGAUUUUGUUGGUUGAUCGAUCAAAACUUUGCUGCCUGAAAAUGGUUGUCCAUCAAUCCGUCACAACGGAAAACAAUCUUUACUUUCUUAGAUAGAAUAGAGGAGUCAUUUUCAUUUUUUUGUGAUACAAUACAAACCUGUAGUGCCAUCAUAUCGGAUUGUACAAAGAUAGAUUUGAGGCCU